GUGACUGUCGAAUGCUCGAGGCGCCAAAAUUGAAGCGCGAAAAGUGCGAGAUAAGGAAUACAAUAAGUAUUGAAUAUACAGUUGAGAGAUUUGAUAUCUGGACUGGAGGUGGGUUGUGGGAAGUGGACUGCAUAGGUCUCGGCCGACGGCCUAUAUGGGCCCGGUACGACGAGACCGGUGCGCCACGACCUCCAACAAACCAAAAGAGAUACGAAGAGCUGGUGGCGGUGGAGCGGAGGGAGCUGAAGUGCGAGUGCAACCAAACUGUACCGUGAGUGUAACAAUGGGCUGUAGCUCAGAUGAUGUUAGCGACGAAGGGGCAGAGGAGAUGGAGUACACACAGGUUAAAAUAGCAAGGAAACAGUCAUGGUCAGAAGCAAGCAGCGGGAAAGAUCAUGAUGGAAGACAAACAAAGAAAAAAAUACGAGCUAAAACAAAUGGCAAAGAAGAGUCAGAUGAAGAAUACAAAGUUCUUAUUACAAUGAGCAAAGAUAAAGGACAUUUUCACCCAGUUCAUCUGACUAAAGCAAUUGAAAAAGAAAUAGGGAAAGUUAAAUACGCCAAAAUGCUCAAUAACAGAAGAAUACUAAUUUCGACAGCAAAUAAAAGACAGCAAGAAAACAUUAUGAGAUUGAAGUACCUUGAUGGAGGAGAAAUAAAAGUACACAUACCAGGAGAGGCAGCAGUAAUAAGAGGAGUUAUAUCAAACGUACCGUUGGAAAUGUCCAUGGAUGAGGUGAAGAGAGAAAUAAGAGGUGGCAAAAUAACAGAAGCUAGACGACUCCAAACCAGCAGAGGAGGAGUAAAAAGUGACAGUUUGUCUGUAUUACUUGUAUUUGAAAAGACAAUACCGACAGACAUACGUAUAGGAUGUAUGAAUUUUAGGGUGAGGGAGUACAUUCCUCAACCACUAAGAUGUUACAAAUGUCAGAGAAUGGGACACACGGCACAGCAAUGUCAGUGGAGGCAAAGGUGUGCAAAGUGUGGUGGAGAACAUGACUAUGGGAAGUGUGCUAGCGAUGCUAAACUAAGAUGUUGCAAUUGUGGAGGAGAACAUAGUGCCGCAUAUGGCGGCUGUGAAGUGCAAAGACAUGCCAAAGAAGUGCAAAAAUACAAAAGAGAAAAUAAGGUAUCAUAUGCUGAAGCAGUAAAGAAUAUAGGUAUGUGUGUAAUUAAGCAAAAUAAACCAGUAGAGAAUCAGGAAACUCAUAUAGACCAGACAGGACAAGUAGUAGGGCUUCCUCAGAGAACAGACCAUAGAAGAUCUCAAUCAGAAUGGAAUGCUCCUCAACAGAAAUGUAAUCAUAAGUGUGCAAUUGAAGAAGACACAUUAGUAGUAAAUAAAAAGAACUUUGUAGCUUUUAUAUGUAAAGUCAUCAAUGUGGCCACGAGGCAGGAAAGGAAAAGUGACAGGAUCAAAACGGUUGUGGAAGCGGCAGAACAAUAUUUAAACAUCAAAGACGUGAAAGCAGAAGAAAUACAUAGUAUGUUGACUAUACAUAAUGAUGCAGGACCUCAGAACGGUAAUUAAAAUCACAAUGGUACUCCACAUCCUACAAUGGAAUGCAAGAAGUUUAAUAGCAAAUGGACAAGAACUUAAGAAAUAUAUAACAGAAAGUAGGAAAAGACCUGAUAUUAUAUGUGUGCAAGAAACGUGGCUUAGACCACAGCUGGAUUAUGUGUUGAAUGGCUAUGAAUCAGUGCGAUUCGAUCGAAAAGAAAACCAAGGGGGAGGGUGUGCAACAUUUGUGAGGGAUGGAAUAAUAUAUAAUAGAAUAACAACAGCAAAUGAAAUAGAAUGUGUGAUUGUUGAAAUACAUCAAGCAAAUACAAAUAUAAUCAUUAUUAAUAUAUAUAACCCCUGUAAACUACUAGAUGUUGAAACAAUGGAGAAGAUAAUAAGGAGGCAUGGUGGUAGAGAGAUCUGGUGUGGGGACUUUAAUGCACAUAAUAGUUUAUGGGGAAGUAAGCAAACAGAUCACAAUGGAAUAGUAGUAGAAGAACUCAUGGAUAUCAGACAGUUAGUAUGCUUAAACAAGGGAAAUGGAACAAGAAUAGAUAUACGGUCAAAUACAAUGUCAUGCAUUGAUUUAACUCUGGUCUCACAUAGCUUGGCAAGUUCCUGUGAAUGGUAUGUAAAUGAAACCACAAGUAUAGGAAGUGACCAUUUUCCGAUAAGUUGUACAAUAAACGCAGAAGUAGAUAUCAAAGAAAGACACAGACAUAAAAAGUGGUGCUUUUCAAAAGCGGAUUGGAGAAAAUUCAGGGAGGAAUGUAGUAAAGCAGCAAAUUCAAUAUCAAUGGAAGGUGGCAUAGAGGAAUGCACAGUUAAGAUCACAAAUAAGAUAAUAGAGGCAGCAAUGAAAAGUAUACCGUGUAAGUCAAUUGGAGGGGAAAGGAAAAUGGUUCCAUGGUGGAAUGAAAAGUGCACAACAGCUGUAAAAGAAAGAAAUUGCGCAUUAAGAAGGUUAAGGAAGAACCUCAGCCAAGAAAAUGUAAUAAAUUAUCAGAGGAAAAAAGCUAUAGCCCGAAGAGUAAUUAAAAACAGUAAACAAAACGCAUGGAGGGAUUAUUGCUCUGCCAUAGGAAGGGAAAUUAAGAUAGGAGAUGUAUGGUCAAUGUUAAAGAAGAUGAGUGGGAAAAACGUGUUUACUAAAAUACCUAUAUUAGAAGAUAAGGGAACAAUGUAUGUGACUGAUAAAGAAAAAGCAAAUGUGCUGGGGAAAAAGUUUGCAGGGGUGCAUAGUGGAGACCAUCUGGAUGAAAAUCAUAGACGAGGGAAGGAGAGGAUGAUAAAAAAGAAUAGGGAUGUGUUACUAAAACAGGAUAGUGAGGAGAGUGUGAUGGAUGUUGAAAUUAAUAUCAAUGAAUUGCUAAUAGUAUUAAAUAAAAGUAAAGAUACUGCAACAGGAGAAGACCAAUUGAGUUAUAUUAUGUUCCAGAAUCUACCAGAAAAUAUGUUGGGAAAAAUAUUAGAUUUAUUUAACAAAAUAUGGGAAGAAGGGAUAAUACCAAAGCAAUGGAAAAGUGCAUUAAUUUUACCAUUUAAUAAACCCGGUAAGGAUCCAAAACACCCUGUGAAUUAUCGACCUAUUGCUCUUACAUCACAUCUAUGCAAAUGGAUGGAGAAAGUUCUAGUCAGAAGACUUAACUAUUUCCUUGAAAGUCGAGAGUUACUUACAACUUAUCAGUGUGGGUUUAGAAAAGGACGAUCAACAAUGGAUGCUGUAGUUAGAGUAAGUAAUGAAAUAGAGAAAACCUUUAAAAUGAAAGAGUUGAUGAAUAUUGUAUUCUUUGAUAUUGAAAAGGCUUAUGAUUCCAUGUGGCGGGAGGGUUUAUUGAUUAAGAUGAAUAGGAUGGGAAUUAGAGGUAGGUUCUAUAACUGGGUCCUUGAUUUCAUAUCGAACAGAAAGUUCAAAGUUAAAGUAGGAUCAGAGAUGUCAGAAGAAUACAGUAUAGCAAAUGGUAUACCACAGGGGAGUGUAAUUAGCCCAGUUUUGUUUAACAUAAUGAUAAAUGAUAUAUUCAUGAAUCUGGAUAGAAGGAUUGGGUCGGCCCUAUAUGCAGAUGAUGGAGUGAUUUGGGCAAGGGGACGAGAUUCUAUAAAUGUGACAAGUAAAAUGAAGGAAGCAAUAAAGAAGAUAGAACAAUGGUCAUAUGACUGGGGAUUUAAGCUAUCACCCAAUAAAACAUGUUACAUGACGAUUACCCGGAAAAAAGGCAUAAAAAAUCAGAACCUGAUGCUAUAUGGACAAAACAUGAUAAAAGUAGAUCAUUUUAAAUAUCUUGGUAUGUGGCUAGAUCAGAAAGGCACAUGGAAGACCCAUGUGGAAAAGGUAGAAGAGAAAUGUAAGAGGAUAAUAAACUUAAUGAGAGCUGUUACAGGUAAGGAGUGGGGAGCAGAUAAACAGUCACUAAUAUAUAUAUAUAGAGCUUUGAUGAGAGCAAAUAUAGAUUAUGGAAGUUUUGUAUAUGGAGCUGCAGCUAAAACACAUUUAAUGAAAAUAGAAAGAAAUAUUCACAAAGCAUUUAGGAUAUGUACAGGUGCAAUCAUAUCAACACCAAUUAAAGCAAUGCAGGUUGAGUUAGGAGAAGUACCGUAUGACCUGAGAAGAGAUCAACUUAUGUUAACAUACUGGAGUAGACUUAAAGGAUGUAGGCAUGGACAUCUGGCCAAGAAUGUGAUAGAGGAAUGUUGGGAGUAUAAUACAACUAAAAGUAAUAGCUUUGGGUGGGUAAUUAAAGAUAAAAUAGAUAAAUAUAACAUAAAAAAUAUACAUAUUAAUAAUUCUACACCCAUAAGCAAUAUUCCUAUCUGGCUAUUUCCGAAACCUGAAGUAGAUAUACAUAUAACAGAGUUAAAAAAUAAAUGGAAAGAUAAUGAAAAAGGACAUAAGGCAAGUCAAUAUAUUAAAAACAAAUAUUAUGGUUACUUAGAUAUGUAUACAGAUGGAUCAAAAAGCGAAGAAGGGAAGGUGGGGAUUGGAAUUUAUGUACCAACAAUGAAUUAUAGCAUCAUUAAAAGAUUACCUGACCAGCUAUCGGUUUAUACAGCAGAAAUGAUGGCAAUUAUUAUAGGCUUGCAAUGGAUAGAGGAAAUAAAACCAGAUAGAGUGGUAUGCUGUGUGGACUCUCUGGCAGCAUUAUAUAGUAUUAAAAAUAUGGAAUCAAGUCGAGAGGAUUUAUUAUUAGAAAUACAUCAAAACUUAUUCCAACUACAUAUGUUAAAAAUAGACAUAAGAUUUUGCUGGGUGCCUGCACAUGUAGGGGUGGAGGGGAAUGAGGUGGCAGAUAAAAUGGCUAAAAUGGGAAUUAGAAGGAAUGAAAUGAUAGAUAUACCUGCUGGUAAAGGCGAAGUAAAGGCAAUAAUCAAAAAACAAAUGAUGGAGAAAUGGCAAAAUAGGUGGGAUGAGGGUAGUAGCGGGAGAAAGUAUUAUAAAGUACAAAAAUCUAUCAGCACACAAGGGGUGAAGAAAAAAAACAGAAAAGAGGAAAUAGUGUUAACUAGGAUGAGGCUCAAUCACACCGGGUUAAAUGACAAGAUGUUUUUGAUAGGGAAAUGUAAAUCAAAAGUAUGUAUGGAAUGCAAAAGUAUAGAGAACGUAGAACACAUAUUACUACACUGCAAGAGAUAUAGGGAAGAACGUGUAACGUUAAGGAAAAGAAUUAAGAAGAUAGGAAGGGAAUGGAGCAUUGAGGGUAUCUUAGGAACAGGUGGGGAGGGGGAAAGAGAUAUACAGAGGGCAGUGAUAGAAUAUUUGAAGGACACAGGAUUAUAUAAUAGAAUAUAGAUAAGUAUUAGAAUAUUUUAGUAUUAUAUUAUAUAGUAUUAUAUAGUAAUAUAUAGUACUAUAUAAGUAUUAUUAUUAGGAUUAUUAUUAGUAGUAGUAUAAGUAGUCUCCUCACUAUCUAAGAUGGCAUAAAGUAAGAUACUGUAUAUGGCCCAUGUUACAUACUCCGGUACAGUAGGUGGCGGUAUGCACCUUUUCAAGUCAUGGUUGCAACCCGCCAUUAAACUAAAAGAAGAAGAAGAAGAAGACAGCUUGGUCGUCAUCACCCCACGACGACCAUCUGUGUCAAAUUAAAAGUCUUGCUCAAUACAGUGGUUAAAAACAUUGUUGUGUGUCAACGUCGUUCCCGUGGCGCACAUAAUUUGGAUUCAAAGCAGUGGGACAAUUAGAUAACAAAAAUGUGUCGACAAAAACAAUUUUGCUUCGGAGUAUUUUAACGUCUGCACGUCGAAGACCAAACGCUGUGGGGCUCAGGAAUACAGACUCGACUGCAUAUUUGCAUCCAAUGUCGACCGACCCUCCAAGUUGACAACCUCCCCUUUUUUUGGCAAUGCACGUCAACUAAUGCAUCCAGUCCUUGGGCGGACGAGUGCCAAAACCUGUGAUUUGAGGGCGGCUUUAAAGACUCCAUGUCUUUCUUGGACUGCUCCUGCAUCUCCCACACUCAGGUCCAGCCCAUGGACAUAGAGGAGUGCUAUGAGGACACCAGUCUGCAGAUCUUGCAGGGCUCUCUGUGUGCCCCUCAAGGGCAGACAGCGAGCGGCGGAGACAGCAUCACAGCGUUGUCGGCAGAGCCCGCCCACUACCAGUUCCUGGCUGACCUCGGGCGGGGCUUCAACAACCUGAGCCAGGUGCAUAUGGCACGCCACACCCCGACCGGCCAGCUGGUGGCGGUCAAACAAACCAACCUGGAUGAGUGCACCGAGGAGGAGCUGCUGCAGCUCAUGAAUGAGGUUCUUCUGUCUCGGAGGUUCCGUCAUCCGAGCCUGCUGACAUCUCGACUUGUCUUCAGCUCUUGCUGCCAGCUGUGGGUCCUCACGCCGCUCAUGGCCUACGGUUCUGCGCACUCCCUACUCAGAACCUAUUUCCCCGAUGGAAUGAGCGAGUCUCUUAUAGCUUACCUGCUUUAUGGCGUGCUGCAAGCAUUGGAGUACCUGCACCGCAUGGGCUACGUUCACAGGGGAGUAAAGGCUAGUCAUAUCCUGCUGUCCGAAGAGGGGCGUGUCUACCUGUCAGGACUCCACAGUGUUUACAGUAUGAUGCGUGAGGGGAAGAGAAUGCGGGCGGUGUUCGACAUGCCUCAUCACAGCCCCGCCCUGCUGCCUUGGCUCAGCCCUGAACUCCUGCAACAGGAUCUCCGUGGUUACGGAGUAAAGUCGGAUAUCUACAGUUUGGGUAUUGCCGCCUGUGAAUUAGUGAGCGGAAGGGUGCCUUUCCAGGACAUGGUCCCCACUCAGACGCUGCUUCUGAAGCUGCGCGGCUUGCACCGCUGCCUGCCAGACACGGCCCCCUUCCCGCUGGGCGAGCUGGGGGGUCUCAAGGUGUCGCGCUCAGGGGUGGACUCCGGCAUGGGAGAGAGCGCCGCCACCGGAAGCGCCACGCACAGCACCGGCGCCCCUCCGCCCGCCGCAGACGUCCUCCAAAGCCCCGCGCCCAAGAACCACUCAGCCACCCUGCACAGUUUGGUGCAGCAGUGCCUGCAGCAACAGCCUGAGCGCAGACCUUCAGCCUCCGACUUGUUGACCCACGCCUUCUUCAAGCAGGUGAAGAGGCACACCAGAGACUCCUUCCUCAGCCUUGUGUACCCAGCGCUGCCGCUCACCAGCUCAGAGGGGCCGGCAUUGUCCUGCCCCCCCGCCCCAUCUUGCCACGCUCCAAAGGGAGCAUCCACGGGUGUUUGUGCUGAGGUGGCAUGGGAUUUCUCCUAACCCACCUCCAGGAGAACUAAACCCAAUAUGAAACAGCGUUGAAGGUUUGAACGCCUCCUGUCCUUUUAUUGUGAUCAUUACCAACUGAGCCUUUACGAUUAUUUUUGAUAUUUUUUUUUUUAUGCUUUUGUUUUAUAUAUAUAUAUAUAUACUUACACGAGGCAACUGUGAACAUGUGAGCUCCAAGAUGCUGCUGUCAUCAUCUCAUGAAGGUGAAUAAUAGCAUAAAAGUAGGAAGUACUUGUUUGCGGGGGCAGGAGUCGGGAUCCUUAUUUUGACUUUGUGAAAUUAGCCACAUUUUUGACGUUUUCCUCAGUUUUUCAGUGAAUAACCUUGGUGGGAGCCUGCGCUCGAGUGAGCCACACUGGUUUGGUAAAAAUUAUUCAUCUGCUGUGUUAUAGGAACAGAAAAAACCCAAACAUUUACUAAAAAAAAAAAUUGUGAGGUGGGGAAAAUAAGCAUUUUCUGAUUUAGUACAUUUACCACCUUACAAAGAUAUGAACAGUGUGCCAUUUUUUAUGGUAGAUUUAUUCUAACAGACAGAAUGUAACAUAUUAAAGGCUAUACAUGAAUUAGCAUUGGAGUGAAGUGUUUGAUCCCAAUACAAAACGUAAAUUAGUACUUGGUGGAGAAAGCCUUGUUGAGGAAGAACUUGUGACCACAUCACAUUCUCCCAAGCCCUUUCCAGGUCCUUUGACAGCUCUUUGGUCUUUCUCAUGGUGGUGGAGACGGGACUUACCUAAAUAAAAAACAGGCUGUAGUCAAAUUAAAAAUAAUGUAUAACCUUUAAUGUUGUUUUUUUUUUUUUU